UAAAAACUGACAUCUCGGUCAUCCACAUGCGCCGGUAAAACACGGAGAGAGCCGCGCAAAAAAAAAAGAGAAGAAAAAGAAAAACAACAACACAGAUCUGCUGGUAACUUUGUGAGUACAACUUUUUGGAGUCAACAGCGAUAAAGAGAGUGAGGGGGCGGAACCCUGCUGAGCCCCUGCGCUGAACGACAGCCAAUCGCUUCGUUCUCCUAACUGCCAGUCACCAAAAUCCGUCCAAUACCCGCGGUGCCAUUUCUAAACUGUAUUCCCCACUGUGUCCUCCAACUGUUGUAUGUUCUGCCAAUCGCUUGAGGACAGAGUGGGAAAAGGGAGCAAGCAGAGUUAGAAGCCGGACAAAAUAACUUAUAGAGCCCCUUAUAUACAUAUUUUCCUAAUGUUUUAGAGAGCGUGGCGGGGUGAGAAACAAUCGCGGUGAGCGCGGAUGGACUUGUCAGUGUAGUUAUGGAGCCCCCUUUAAGCAAGAGGAAUCCGGCGUUAAGAUUAGCGGAUUUGGCAGCGACUCAACCCCUUCCUCAUCAGAAUAUGACAGGCUUCCCGGGGCUAGGGGGGCAUCACCCUCUCUCCCACCAUGCCCACCUCCACCCUGGGGAGCUGGGCAACGACCCCGGAGUGGCACUCACUCCAUUUGGACCAGAGCACAUGGCACAGACAAACGCUCUCAAACUUAGCCCGUCUCAUCACAUUCAGAGCCACCACGAAGCCCAGACCGCGGCGUCCUUCACUUCUGCCCAGACCACAGUCGGUUUCCCCGUGGCUCACCCCCACUCAGGCUACUCAAGCAGCAGGGACUUCAUCCUCAGGAGAGAACUCUCAGCCUCUGCUAUGCAUGCACUUGGCGACCAGCAUAGUUCCGCCUCCUCCCCUCAUCACCAUGGCAUGUUCAUCUCCCCAACAGGUGCUUACGGGCACGCGGAGAGCGGGGCCCAUUCCCUCUUCACUGGACUCCACGACCAGGCGUCCCCAGGUGCCCACCACCACCACCACCAUGCCCUCAACGGGCAGAUGCGCCUGGGUAUACCGGGGGACAUCUACGGCAGGCCGGAGCACUUCGGCCACAGGCCGGAGCACUAUGGACCGUCUUCCCUCCAUAGCUACAACUCCAUGAACCUCAAUGUGAACAUCGCGUCUGCUCCUCACGGAGCGGCAGGGGCGUUUUUGAGGUACAUGCGGCAGCCCAUCAAGCAGGAGCUGAUCUGCAAGUGGAUCGACCAGGACCAGAGUCAGAAGAAGCCCUGCUCGAAGACUUACAGCACCAUGCACGAGCUGGUCAACCACGUCACGGUGGAGCACGUCGGGGGACCGGAGCAGAGCUCCCACGUCUGCUUCUGGGAGGAAUGUCCGCGGGAAGGGAAGGCUUUCAAGGCGAAGUACAAACUGAUAAAUCACAUCCGAGUUCACACCGGGGAGAAGCCAUUCCCGUGUCCUUUCCCGGGCUGUGGGAAAGUGUUCGCGCGAUCGGAGAAUUUAAAGAUUCACAAGAGGACGCACACAGGAGAGAAACCCUUCAAGUGCGAGUUCGAAGGCUGUGACAGAAAAUUCGCUAACAGCAGUGACCGGAAGAAGCACUCCCACGUCCACACCAGCGACAAGCCGUACUACUGCAAGGUCCGCGGCUGCGACAAGUCCUACACGCACCCGAGCUCGCUGCGGAAGCACAUGAAGGUGCAUUGCAAGUCCCCGCCGCCCCCCACCACCACCACCACCACCAACAACAACACCACCAACGUCCCCUACAUAUCCUCCACGAACCCGAUCGGGGACCCUCUGUCUCCCAACUCAGUGCCGCACAGGAACCGAGCCUCCGUGAACCUCUCCCCUCAGGUCACCAACCUCAACGAGUGGUACGUGUGCCAGGGGAGCGGCGGACCCCACCACCUCCACACCCCCUCCAGCGACGUGCCAACGUCGGACGAGGACGAGGACUCUUUCAGAAAUUCAGACCCGAGGACAAUGCUCUGAUGUCCCACCCAACCCCGUUUUUGACCAUGUGACUGUCAGACAUUUUAUCUAUGUGACCCGUUACAGUGUGUAGAUCCACGUCGGGAUAUUGAUCACGUUACUCAACCACGCAGAUAAUUCACUAUUAUCUGUCUAACUACACAAGGGAGAAGUUCUCCCGAGGUGACCCCUGACCUUUCCUGAAAUAUAGAUCAAAGCUGUCAAAAUAAAACAACUGACAUUAGAACUGAAAUUUUAAUUCUUAUUUUGAAAGGACCAACAAAUUUAAAGUGAGCCAAUUUCUGAAUAGAACUUUCCAGCAAUUAUUAUUAUUAUUAUUACAAGAGCAAUAUGCAGCGUUUAAUCAACUGUGUGGCUUUAGACUCAACUGGUGUGCUGAAAUGCCAUGUUUCACGUGGCCUCCCAUCACCCCCCCAAGCAGUUUAAUAACUCGCCUGCUAUCAAUCAUUGUCAUAUUCCAGACGUUUAAGGAAAACAAAUGGUACUGGUCGUAGCCCGGAUAAUGGCAACAUAGCAAAUGUUGAUGGACACAAUUUAGAAGAUGCGAUUUUUUUUUUUUUAUUCCAUGUGAUUUUUUUAAGAUGUGGUACAAACUUUGAUAAACCAAUAAGGACAACAAAAAAAAGAGGAGGCAAACAUCUGAGUGUCUUAAGGGUUUCUCAUUUACCUUUUCAGAUUUAUACAAUACAUGUGUUUGGAUGGAAUUUUGUAAUAUUUAAGAACUAUUUAAGACUAUAUUUUAUGCAAAAGUACACAAGUGUUAUGCUCGUUAAAGAGUACGAGUAAGUCCCUUGAGACCCUAAAUGUCUACACUGACAGGCUUUGUCCCUGUAGGAUUUGUAUAUAUGUAAUUGUACUGAUGCUUGUGAAUGUUGUGUAGUUUUUAAUUACAAGAAGAAAAAAAAUAAUGUUGUUUUGUACAUUGUAAUUUAUUUGCUGGUAUCAAUGUUGUACUGGAACUACAGGAACACCAAAGAAUAAUAAUAUCAGUUUUGGUGAUGCAUAGUAGCCUACCCUGCUGAUGUUUUUUUUUCAAUUUCAUUUUAUUUUUCUGUUGUUUUAUUUUUAAUUUCUUAUUGUGUUCUGUAAAAGAAGAAACAUUUACUUGAAUAGGCUGUGUAAUGUGAAAAGUCCCUUUCUCGCAUGCCUUUUGUGGUCUUUCUCUUUGAGGUGCAUGGUGCCAUUGUACAUGAUGGAUAAAAAAAAGAAAAAGAAAAGAUGAACCAGCUAUGAUUGUGCAGACCCUUGAUGUUCAAAAAUUUUAUUUGCAAUAUAAAUUUCAUGCUAAAAAAAUAAUAAAAAAACAGGACAUAUACAGUCAAUAUUUAA